UUUUUUUUUGUCAAGCGAGAGUUGGACUCAUUCAUCCAAGGCCUUUCCUUUCAUCAUUUUAUAUAUACAGCCAAGUGAGAGAAAACGAAAAAGUCACGUGGCAGUGUUGUCUCUCCUGAAAGUUGUGUACCAGCUGUUGACUUAAUUAUUUAUUUAUCAUUAUCAUUAUCAUAAUCAUCAGUAUUUCUAAAAUAAGCAUUUGUUAAAUAAUGAUUGUUGAUUAUUGUAUAGGCUGUAUGUAUUGAAUAAUCAUUGUUUCCUUAUUUUGUAUAAAAUUGUGAUGGUGUUGAUAUAAUAUCAAACUGCGCAACAACAGGAUUUAACGACUUAUGCCAGGAGUGCGCUCGCGCGUUUCGUUGACUAUUAUUUCCCGGGUAACCGGGACCUUCUGAAUCUAGCUAGUAACAUUAAUGUGUCAUUCGUAACAACGCAACGGUGUGCAUAUUAUAUCAAAAGUCAACAGGUGAUUUUAAAUUAAUAAUAAAAGUAUUAUUAUCAAAAAAUAAUACUUAUUUUAUUUAUUAAUUUAAUUAUAAAUAUUUAUUUAUAAUUAUAAACAUGAGUGUCAAUGAUGUUAUAAGUUAUAAACGUUCUGAUGAUGAAGAAUUUUAUGCAAUGUUAAAUUGCGAUGAAAAUUCAACAAUAGAGCAAAUAAAUGCCGAGUACAAGGUUCUUGCGCUCCAAUAUCAUCCAGAUAAAAACGACGGUAACAAGGAAGCAGAGACAAAAUUUCAACUUCUCAAGCAAGCCAAGGAGAUACUGUGUGACCCAGAGAAACGUACGAAUUACGAUAAAUGGCGAAACAGUGGUAUUCAUAUAAGCUACAAAAAUUGGUUGGGCAUGAAAGAACACGCACAACAGUCAAUGCAUUGGAGUACACCAAAAACUAAAGACAGAAUGUUACCAAGUGGUAGUGUUGCUGGUGGAUCACCAGGUCAUGUACGUGGACAACCAUCAAAUCCAAAUAGACGUGCAUCUGAGGGUGGUGCUAAUAUACAUUAUGGUGCACGUCGUGAUUUCAAUGUUGAUUCACAAGCAUCAAGUGAAAUUGCAAAUAAAUUUCGUAAUUAUGAAAUUUAAAUAAUUUACAAUUACAUAAAUUAUCAGAAAGUAAGAUAUUUAAAUUCAAAAAUACAAUAACAGCACAAAAUAAUUGAAAAAAAAAAUAUAAAAAAUUUAAUUUAUCAAAAAGAGAUAUAUAUUAUUAAAUUGAGGCAGGAUCCAGAAACAGUUUUUUUGUACAAUAUACUGUUUGAAACAAAGACAAAAAAAAUUAUAUUUACGAAACAAAGAAAAAAAAAAACAUAUCCAGAUUGUUUUUUUGAAAUUUAAAAAUAUGAAAUUUAAAAAAAUUGCAUGAUAAAUAAAGGUAUAUCUUGUAUAGGUUUAUAAGUGUGUCCUAAAAAAAAAAAUAUUUCCUACUUCAAUGAUUUCUCGUGGUCUUAGAGAGAUGAUCAUUGCAGAAAAAAAAAUAAAAAUAAGCAUCAAAAGCAUCGCCCGAAGCGAUAAAACCCAACUUACCCUUUGACAUAUUUUUAUUAUUAUUAUUUAUGAUUUUUUUUUCUCUGAAAUAAGUAGCCAAAAUAAAAGCAAAAAAAAAAUAAAAUACUUGCAUCAGUGUUGGGGCAAAAUAUUAUUUUGAUGUGAACACUUGAAUUGACAAUUUCAUAUAUGCUUGAAUGCAUUCAUACAAGUUGGUAGUGCAUAUUGAAAACUGUCUCUUUAUUGUAUAUUUUAUUAUUAUUGUUACUAUGAAUAAUCCCAAAACUCAUUCAAUAUUAUUAUCUCAAAUGGAAAAUAUAAAUAAAACAAACAAAAAAUAAUCACACAACCCUUUUCAAACAAUGAAAAUAUUUAUUCUUUUUUUAUAACUCAAUUUGCAGUUUUUAUUAUUUCACAUUUAUUUUUAUGAUUGAAUUGGAUUUUUUUAUUAUUAUACGUGAUUUAUUUUUAAAACACAUGAUCCUUUUGGUAUGUAUAUCGACAUUGAAUGUAUUUUUCUAAAAAAAGAAAUCGAAAUUUAAAAAAAAAAAAAACAAAUAAAUAAAUAAAAUAUAUAUAUAAAUAAUAUUUAAAAAAAAAAAAUAUAUUUAAAUGUAAAAGUUGAAAACAAAAAAAGAAUAAAACAAUAAAUAAUAAUAAAUAUAUAUCAAAAUAAAUGACGUCCUUUCAACAAUGAUUAUUAAAUAUAUCUUGACCAAAUUUGUCGUAAAAUAUAUCAAUAAUAAUAAUAAUAAAAGUUUAUUCAAUGAUAAAAUUAAAAAAAUAAUAUAUAAAAAAAUAUUUGGAUAUUUCAACCCUCAAUGACCAUAACUACUAUGUGUAUAUGUCUAAAAAUUGAUAAUCAAUAAAUGUAUGUUUGAACAAGACUUG